GGGUCACGGCACCGAUUAGCUUGGGGCGGCUGGGAUUCUCAGCCCCACGUGUCAAACAUCACGCCCUGUAAUUUACCCUGUGGUACUUGGACUCAUCAAACAUUAACAGCUUCUAACUGUGGGAUUCUGGACAUUUUUCUCUAGAAGGCAGAUACACCUCAACCCUAAACUUCCACAACUUACUCCAUAACUUACUUUAUAGCAUAGAUACGCUAAGGAUUUUUAUAUAUAUACUAAAAAGGUUGUGCUUUUAAAGUGACGUCAUCAUUCAAAGGAGAAUAAAAAGUUACCUCUUUCAAGUCUGAUGUGUGUCCACACUUCUCCACCUCUAGAAGAAUGUCAGGUAACCGUGGUAACAGUGCAGGUCACAAGUAAUGGUCUGGUCCGGGCAGGCCUGUGCAUAUCCCAGCAUGCACCAGCUCUUCCAGCUAGUUCUGGGUCAGAGAGACCUGUCCCGAGCGGGAGACCUGUUCUCUCUGGAUGACGCCGAGAUCGAGGACUGUUUGUCUCAGGCACUGGAUGAGAUCAAGACCAUCUCCUGCCAUCCUGAUUACGUGACUAAUGACAACGACCAGGCGGUGGUGGAGAUCUGCAUCACUCGCAUCACCACGGCGAUACGGGAGACGAGUUCGAUGGAGCGUCACGGCUCGUCGCUCGUGGCCCUUUGGGAGUCGUGUCUGGAGCACAACCUGCAGCCGCAAGGCAAAGACGAGGACACGCCUCACGCCAAGAUCGCCUCGGACAUCACCAGCUGCAUCCUGCAGAACUAUAACCGAGCCCCGAUGAUGGCGCUGGCCGUCCCGGUGGCCGUGCGCUUCCUGCAGCAGGGGAAUCGCGAGCUGAGCCACAACAUGUCCAGCUACCUGAGCCUGGCCGCCAUCGCCAAGGCAGAGCUGCUGGUCCAGCACACCCAGGCCAUCAUCAUCAGCAUACUGGGAGGUAACAGCAUGCUGCUGCGGGUUCUUCCCUCCAUCUAUACUCUGGAACCAGAUCCAAUUCACCAGCACAUCCAGGACCUGGUUCUUCUGAUUCCUGAGCUGGACCAGACAAGCAGACAGCACUUACUGCGACUGCUCCAGAUGAUCUCCGCUCAACACCCACUGGCAUUGACCUGUCUCGUGCCGUCUCUGAUCGGUCACCUGAACGACACCUCGUUGACCGACGCCUUCCUCACCGUGUUGGUGGACAUAGCCCAGGUUAGCCCCGCCUCACUCGGGUCGUUUCUCCCAGCGCUGAGGAUUGUGGGUCAACAGACUCCAGGGCUGUUGGGACAUGUAGCAAAGAUCCACGGGGUGGUUGGUUUGACCAAUGAGGAUCAGGCCCGCAAGGCUCUACAGUACCUGGUGUCUCUGUUGGCCUGUAUGGAGCACAGCGUCCAUCACACAGUGCUGCUGGAGAUCCACAGCCUGACCGAACGCUACACCUCCAUCAUUGGUGACGGUGCCAAAGACAUCUACCGCAUGAGCAACAGCUUCAGCGCCAUCGCACGUCUGCUGGGACGCAGGCUACAGUCUGAUACUUUAACACCAUACACGGAAAACAAGGACGUUGCAGAUCCGAAGCAGCGUGACGAUUCCAGAAAGCGUGCUGAAGACCAGAGUCUUCACGUGAAGAUCCAGGCUUUUGAGGAGAAGCUGGAGGAGGAGGUGGCUCAGGUGGACGUACCUGAGACUGACACACCAGGGCUCCAAAGGUGUCAUAUUCUGGGCCAAGUGCCACGAGAUGAGCGCCGAGACAUCAGGUUCAGUCGGUUGAAGAGCCUGGCUUCACAUGCUGCACAGUCACAUUCUGCUAAUCCUGACUGCAUUCAGGACACAGAAGCUAAAGUAAACACAGAGGACUACCUGAUUGAGCCCAGUCUCUUUCCUGAAUCUUGCCCAGCAUACUCCUCUGCUCAGGAAGAGCAACAGAGCCGGACUUCUAAUAAGGAGGGAGUUCAGAAAGAAAGCACGGACCCUCUGGAAAGAGACCGGCUCCGGAAACAUCUGGGGGACAACUUGGAGAAGAUCCGAGCCUUCUGCGCAGAUAUGGUCACGAAGAUCCCGAUCCCUGAACGUUGCAUCAUCGAAGAUACCCAGCAAGGCUGUGUUGCUAAGCUGUCGUUCUCGUGUCCAAUGAAAGGACAUUACUGCCUGUACGGGAAAUCCAGCUUGUCACUGUGCAGCGGUCAACCCCAUCUCUGGAUCCACAUCAUGCUCCUCAUUCUGCAGAGCAAGACUAAUGAAGCUCUGAGCUCUGAGGAUGUGUGUGUGCAGCAGCUCAGGAGACUCUGGGAAAAAGCACAGCUUAAAGGAGCUCACAGCUUUGAGCUGGCCAUGACUCAAACUGCUGUCCCACAGAAGAUGGACCUGGACAGUCUGCAGACCCACCUGAAGGAGGUUCGAUUCUUUGACCUCUUUGCCUACAGCGAGGAGGACGGAGCCUGGCUGUGCUUCAUGUGCAACAACCCGGAGAAAGCCACUGUGGUGAACCAGGAUGGACAGCCGCUCAUCGAGGGCAUUUUAAAGGAGAAACAGGUUCGCUGGAAGUUCAUCAAACGCUGGAAAACCCGCUACUUCACUCUGGCUGGUAACCAGCUCCUCUUCAGGAAAGCGAAAUCAGACGGACUGGACGACAACACGAUCGAGCUAAGCAAAGUGCAGAGCGUGAAGGUGGUGGCGAGAAAGCGACGGGACUGCGGCCUACCUCGAGCUUUCGAGAUCUUCACAGACAAUAAGACGUACGUGCUGAAGGCAGAGGACGAGAAGCAUGCAGAGGAAUGGCUGCAGUGCAUCAACGUGGCUGUAGCUCAGGCCAAAGAGCGUGAGAACCGAGAGGCCACAACCUACCUGUAGGUCAGGAGUAAUCUUCAUGAACUACUGGUCCAAAAGGAACUAUGGAAAAAUGUUAACUCUGAACGCUGACUGGUUUGUUUUGGUUACGUAAUCCCUAUUCACUGGAAAUCCUGGAGCCAUUUUGUGCAACAUUGUCAUAGAUAAGCAACAAUGUGGUUCUCCAGCAUUCAAGCAGAAAAAACAUCUAAACGCCGGUCGGCUUUGAUCAUUCUGUACACGGAGUGAAGACGACAAAAUUAAAGCUGGCUGUUUACCUCAAACCAAAAGAGCCAGAAAGAUGCUUGUUUGGAUCAGAGCUGCAGGGCUCCUUUGUUUUUGUUCAUUUAGUCAUGGAAACUUCAGCUGUAACGUAUCCGAGAGAAACUUUAAAGAACAUGCCUUUAUCUUAUUAUAAAAUGAUUUGAAACUCGCAGUGCUAAUCCUCAUAACCUCCUGGUAUCCCAUCAGCAGGUGAAGAAACACGCCGUGUAACAACGCGCUCACUCCUAGAUGUAGUUACAGUACAUCAUCUGUUAAUCUAGUCAGAGAGAGCACACUGUGCUGUCUUUAUCUGUGUAUUAAGCACACUGUCUACUCCACAGGAAGACACAGGAUGUUCACAGGCACCAAAGAACAUUUGCUCUGGGGUAAAAAAAAAAAAAAGCCCCGUGUUGGAGAUCAUUGUUAGGAGCCACUUCCUGCUAAUGCUAAUACACCAGGCAGAACUUCUCAACAGACUGUUUUUUGUUUUUUUCUGGGUUUUUUUUUAACCGUAUAACAUUUUUGACAUAUUCAAGCUGGGAGUUAGUAGUAUGAGGAUAAUAUCGUUCUGUACUUGGCCACAUCUUCAGUAUCUCAUGACAAAUUAUUAAGUAACUCAUGACUUUUUUGUUGAUAUUUGUUGGAAAGGUUGUCAAUAUGCAGCCUCUGUUUUAUUUUCUCAUUCCGAUGGUGCCAAUACUUUUGGAGUUAUCGACAGAUAAUGUCAGGCCAGCUCAGGACAAAAUAUUAAAUAUAAUUGAUAGGUUCAUCGAUACUCGUACAAUAAAAUAAAUAAACUACUAAA